GAGCGCGAGGCCAAAUUUUAUGUAAGCUCAGUGCACCGUGCGUACUGUGUCCCUUGAAGACGAUCGCAGAAAAAAUCAUGCGGAUCACCGGUUUUUCAUGGAAUCCUGUAUUCCUACUCACCACUUUUUUAGUAAUAGUUAGUGCUUCUCUAACUAACAAAACAUUAUUUGGAAUUGACCUCAAGGAUUUGCCAAACAGUUUUUUGGGAAAACUCGCUAUCUUGAAUGCAGUUCCGUACGAUCCCAAUACGGUGCUAACAACACCCCAGAUGAUACGUCGAGCGGGAUAUCCAGCUGAAAGUCACAUAGUGCGAACGGCCGAUGGAUAUCUCUUGGAGAUGCACAGAAUUCCCAAUGAAUCCGGAUACCCGAUAUUCUUACAACACGGAUUGUGGUGCAGUUCUGCUGAUUGGAUUACGCAGGGGAAGGGCAAAGCUCUAGCAUAUUUACUAGCAGAUUUGGGAUUCGAUGUGUGGCUGGGUAAUUACAGGGGCAAUACAUACUCCACAGCCCAUGUAAUUUUAAAUCCUGCCAAUCCAUUAUUUUGGAAUUUCUCCUGGCAUGACAUGGGAAUUUACGAUUUGCCGUCCAUGAUAACGUACGUCACUGAUAUAAAGAAACAGCCGGUGAUAUACAUCGGUCACUCUAUGGGAACAACUGCAUUGUUCGUCAUGGCAGCUAAAUGUCCUGACAUGCAUUCAAAAAUUCGGUUCAUGUUUGGUUACGCACCGGUUGGUUUUAACUCUCAUUGGAAGACACCUCUUCGUGACUUGGCCUCUUAUAGUAAACUCUUAGCAUCUUGGGGUGAUACCUUUGGGUAUGGCCCGAUUCUCACUCGAGAUGCUGAGAUCGAUCCAUUCAUCUCACUUCUAUGCAAUCCGUCUAAACUUGGAGAAGCAGAAUGUGAAACUUUUGUAUUUCAACUGUUCGGAAGUGAUUACACACAGUUGGAACCUGACUGGAUUCCAAAUAUGAUGGCUCAUAUGCCAGCAGGUUCAUCGACGAAGACUGUAAAUCAUUAUCUGCAAAUAUUUGAGUCGAAACAAUUUCAAGAAUACGAUCAUGGGCCUACGAAAAAUUUACAAUUAUACUAUUCAGUGCUUCCCCCUGCUUAUGACCUAACGAAAAUUACUCUACCAAUUUUCUUUUUCUACGGCCUGAACGAUGUGGCGGCUCCACCAGAGGACGUUACCGCCUUCUAUGCUCUAUUGCCGAAUGGAAAAGGAAUAUCUGCAGUCAAUUAUACACAGUUCUCUCAUCUAGAUUUUCUAUGGGCAAAAGACGCGAAACCAUUAGUCUAUGAUCAGACUAUCUCGAUGAUUCAGAAAAUAGUGGCGGAAGGCGCUAAUAAUUAAUUGAAACGAUUGAUAAGGACAUUAUCUAUUCACCAUUAUUAAUGGACAAUUAAAUAAAGUAAUUCAAGAUAAACA